AUGUCUGCAGCAUCGUUCGAAUUAGAUAGUCUUCGAGAUUUCAGUGCCAUCUUCGCUCCCAAGCCGUUAAUGGCCACCGGCACAAAUACCGUCCUGCGAAGAUCCCCGCGCAAGAAGACCUCAGUGGAGGAGUCUUCAUCGCCUCAGAAGAAACAGCGAGAUGUGCCGAGCUCAAGAAAGAGAAUCGAACUCAAUAACCCCGGGAUCCCCGUGAAGGGGCGCGGCCGUAAAGAAGCUACGAAGCCUGGCAGGGGACACCCGUCCCUGCUCAAGGACAUCCCGCCUCUCCCACGAGAUCUCACUGUCGCCGAGACCCAUGUCACCUCCAACAACCGCCGCUCUCCCGCAAGUCCCCAAAGAAACCUCAGAUUGGCCCACGUAGACCCACUGCUAAAUCCGCUGAAGGCCUUGGUCGUGGAAGAUGGAGAGGCGUCUGCUGCAAUAGCACAUUCGACGAAGAGUAUCUGGGGAGUCCGGGUGUUUGACCAGGUCGAGAAGCUGGCCAAUUCUCGAAUGACGGAGGGUGCAACACAGUCAAAGGGGAACAAAAGCAAUCGCGGAAACAAACAGAAGCCAAACCAUGCGAGCAGGUUCGUCCUGAAAGAGGCUCGAUGCAACGAUGACAUUGAGGAUUCGGGUAGGGAGGACGAAGAGGACGACGAAGACACAGAUUUGAGCGGCUUUAUUGUCGAUGAUGAUGCCGAGCUGAGCUACUAUGAUUCUUCGGGGUCGAACUCGGACGAGGAUGAUUAUAGGAGACCGACAAUGAAAGUCCCCCAAGUGCGUCCGCGAAGAAGACUGCACCGUGGGUCGCCAACUCGGCGGCGCCUCAGCUUUGGUGAUGAUGGGGAAUCGGACAAGGAGAACCAUCCGGCAGAGACACUGUCAAAUGCACUGCGAGACAUUUCCCUAGAGGACAAAAACUCCGGGACUAUGAGAGGAGAAAUUGAAGUGAUCGAUCUAACCCUGUCUCCGACUGUCUCUCCCGAGACCAGAUUUAAUAACCGACCCAGUGUACGCUCACCGCAAAUUCCUCCUGUCUUUCCAUGGAAGGAAUCUUCCCAAGACUCGAAUCCUUUCAAGAACUUCGAUGCCCACCUUCAACUCCCUCCGCCUGCCUCUAAGCCUGCCCUAAUGGUCCCCUCCAAGGACCAGCCCGUCGACAGCUAUUUUGGCGAGGGUUUAGGAGAUGUGUGGAAGAAGCCCGCCGACGAGGCAAGCGAUCACUUCAAGACACCGCCAGCCACGCCACCCCGAUCACCUUCGAAACUCAAGUCACCCUCAAAGUUACUGUCCCCUUCCAAACGACAGGCUAUCCCACAGUCGCCGCAUCGUCAGAGUAUGGACGCGUUCUGGGAUCAUAACGUGGUCAACGACUGGAAUGACAAAUACUCUCCGAAGAAAGUGCCAGCAACAUCUCCGAGAAAACGUCUCUUUGAUCGGUUUCAAGUGUGGUCGGACUCGGAGGACGGGGAGAAAGACAACGCUUUCAGCAAUUCUGAUUCACUUCCUAGUCCUUGUUUGUCGCCACGCAAGUCAAGAUCACCGACCAAAAGUCCAGAGAAGGAAGAGAAGAAACGUUUAGCAGAAGAGAAACGCGCAGCGGCAGCUCGGAAGAAGGUGUUUGACUCCCAAAAAGAACAACUUGCGCGCGACUUGCUGUAUGAGCUCGACGAAAAAGUCGCCAACUCCCAACUCAACCGGCUAGCAUCCAGCACAGGCGGUAUCCGCAUCAUCUGGUCAAAAACCCUCCGUUCAACAGCUGGCCGAGCAAAUUGGAAGAGAACUGUUACAAAGCCACCUGGCUCACCCGUCAAAACCAACAAUGUAAAAGAGGCCAGCGGCCUGGGAGUGAAAGUGCAACACUUUGCGUCGAUUGAACUGGCUGAGAAAAUCAUAGACUGUGAAGAUCGUCUGGUUAACACCCUCGCGCAUGAGUUCUGUCAUCUAACGAACUUCAUGAUCAGUAACGUGCGCGACCAACCUCAUGGUGCAAGUUUCAAGAACUGGGCCGCAAAAGUCACUUCGCAUUUGCGAUCGACCGAUGUUGAAUCUUGGAGAAAGGUGCAUGUCACAACUAAACAUAGCUAUGCGAUCAAUCACAAAUACCUCUGGGUUUGCGUUGGCCGCAAGGAGAACUCAGCAGCAGCGGACGUCCUCAAGUUGGAGGAGGGGGAGGGAUGUGGAGCAGAGUAUGGACGGCAUAGCAAGAGUGUUGAUGUCGAAAAACAUCGAUGUGGGAAGUGUAAAGGGAGAUUGGUCCAAGUGAGGCCGAAGCCAAGGGCAAGUCCGGUCAAGAAAGAAACAAGCGGAAGUCAUGGAUGGGGUUUGAAGAGGGAAGAAAGUGCAAGGAGUACAACCUCGAGCACUAGCCGCAGCGUAUUGAGCGGGAUGAUCGAGACGAUUGAGCUGAGCGAUUGA